AACGUACUCGCGAAUGUCGCGCUAAGCUCCCGGCUGCACACGCUCCUUCAGCAUCUCGAACCAUGGCGUCGGCGACCUCGUCCAUCUCGCUUGACGAUGACUUCCUUCCCCCGCAAGACCUGCAGCCGCAUGCGCCGCUCUCGACGGACACCGACAUAAUCGCGCCAUGGCUUGUCGUAGGCCUGCCGGCGGAGACUGAGCAGGAUCUGCCUGUUCCGUCGAAUAGACACAAGAAUUUCAAGUCGUCCCUCCCUUCACUUCGUCCUCGGCCGUCAAACGCUUCGAGCAUUCGCACAGGCACCGACAACCAGAGUCUCAACAGCACUCUGGCCGAAUCCACAACCCACCUGAACGAGUAUCCUCGAUCAGACAGGGAUCUCAAGAAGAAGAAGUCGUCUGCAUCGUUUCUCAGCAAUAUAGUUAGGAGGACAAGAUCGAAAAGUCGUCUGGGGCCUGCCAAGCUUGACCUCUCUCGUACCAACGAUUACCCUGUUCCGCCAGUGCCCCCCUCUCCUGAUUAUAUUCCUUACGUGCCACCACCUGCUUCUCCGCCUGCCCACUCCUCUACUUCUCGUCUCGCGGUGCCUUUGCUCGGAAAGGGCAAGAAGACCGCAGAUGUUCCGCCACCUGUUCCUUCUAAGGAUAUUGAAUACCCUCUCAACCGGGACAUCAACGACAUGGAAGGCAUCGUCGACUUUGAUAAAUACUAUAUGCUACAGCGGGGUGGAAUCUACGAGAACGCGCCGAGCUCCCCGAGUAGUGGCCUAGAGUCAUCUGCGUACUCGAGUGCGUUCACCUCCGACGGCUCGUCUUCACAUCACUAUCACCACGCCUCGACAUCGUCUCUGCCCAGUGCGCCGCACGGGAUCUUCAGCAACCCGAACCCCUUCCAGCCGCCAGCCGGCGGCGUGAAGCGCAAGAUAGGAUUGCACAGCUGGGAGCACCGUAACAUCUCGCCAAAAAACCCAGCACAGUUCCCUGCUAGUGCUAGUGUGCCGACGAUACGAGGGCACGAAGACUCAUUGUGGAAGGCUCCUGAAAGCUGGGCUGUCGAACCGAAGACUGGGAUCGAUGAGGAAGUGGCAGAAGGUACGAGCUCUGAGGGCGAAGAUGUCAGCAGGCCACGAAGCCCGGUCGGGCGACGGAAUCGCAGGAAGCGAUACACGCUCAGCGUCUCAGGCAGGCCGCGGCGUUCGAACGACGACCACGACGACCCAUAUCCGGUGCGCAUAUAUCGGAGGGACAAUACGUACCAUGUUGCGACAAUUUCCCUCAAGUCCACCGUGACCGAGCUUGUACCAUACCUUAACAACAAAAUGCUGCUUGAUACCAACCGAGAGAUGCAUAGAUUAUACCUGAAGGAACGGGGGCGAGAGCGACUACUGGCGAUGACGGAGAAACCGGCGAACAUCGUGCGACGACGACUAGAACAAGCAGGGUGGGACCCUGUCGACGACUUUCGGGCGCUGGCGGGGGAAGACAUCCAGUAUCUCAUGAAGUUUGUGUACAAGAGCAACGUACUGGGUCCUGCGGACGACGACCUCAUUUUCAACGAUUUUGAGCACGUAGAUCUUGCCGCAAGAGCAUUGAAGACGGUGCCCGUCAUCCUAUACAGUCAUGCCGAGAACAUCGUCUCGCUAAACCUAUCUCGAAAUCCUAUGCUUGAAAUUCCCCUGGAUUUCAUCCAACUGUGUGCGAGCCUUCGCGUUCUGCGACUGCAGAACAUGUCUAUGAAGAAAGUGCCGCAGAGCGUUCGACACUGUGAAAAUCUGCACCGGCUGGACCUCUCAUGUAAUCGCAUUGUCGACCUCAAGGAUGCCGGCUUGGACUACAUCUCGGGGCUGCGAUCGCUCAAGCUCCAGAACAACGGGAUGGAGAAGCUACCCUGGUACUUUCCGAGGCUGAAGUCCCUGCGAGAGCUCAACAUCUCGAACAACAAGUUCAAAGAGCUCCCUGACGUUGUCUGCAGGCUGACGAACCUCAUUGACCUCGACAUUUCUUUCAACCUGAUCGCGGACUUACCUGAGGAAAUCGGAAACCUCGAGCAUCUUGAGAAGCUGAUUACCGUCGGAAACCAGAUAUCAAGGUUCCCUCGCGGUGCGCAAGGCCUGAGGAAGCUGCGCUUCCUGGACUGUCGGCGGAACAUGAUUUCAGACCUCGCUACUGUUUGUCUUCUUCCUAAGGUUGAGACCAUCAUGGCCGACCACAACACCGUCCAUGCGCUGGACCUCUCCUUUGGUCCGUCGUUGCAGUCGCUCGACGCAUCGCACAACGACAUCACGCAACUUACCCUCCUCCCCGGACUCCUCGAGGCCCAGCCCUUCGCCAUGGUGAUGCUGGACAUCUCGCACGCAAAGCUGUCCUCGCUAGAUGGACUUGCGCUCGCUCAGCUUACAUCGCUGCGCACCCUCAAGGUCGACCAUAAUUCCAUCCGCGCGCUGCCGGACUCAAUCGGCGAGCUCGCUCAGCUUCGGCACCUCAGCUGCGCGAAUAAUCAGCUGUUCACCUUUCCCGAGACGAUCGCGCGGUUACAGAACCUCGAGACGCUCGAGGCGCACAACAACAGCCUUGAUAAGCUGCCUCCCACGAUUUGGGAGUGCUCGAAGCUCGAGUUGAUCAACCUUACGUCGAACCUCCUCGGCGACAUCAACAACCCGAUUAUCUUUGACGUUACGGCCUCGUCAUCGGCGAGCAUCUCGUUGUCCCCCGGGACACCCCUGCUUAACGGCUACGGAGAGCGCAAACCGUCGUCUGCGAGUUCGCUUGGGCGGGGCGCACCUCCACUCGUUGCGUCACUGAAGCGUCUGUACCUUGGCGAGAACCGUUUGACAGAGGACCACCUGCAUCCGUUAACGCUGCUGCGCGAGCUGCGGGUGCUGAAUCUGUCGUUCAACCACAUCCAGGUGAUCCCGAAUGCGUUCCUCACGAACCUGCAGCACCUCGAAGAGCUGUACCUGAGCGGCAACAUGUUGACCGCGCUCCCGACGGAGGACCUGCCGUCGCUGUCAAACCUGCGCGUGCUCUACCUCAACGGGAACAAGUUGCAAAGCUUGCCGCAAGAGCUGGGCAAGAUCAGGGAGCUCCAGGUGCUUGACGUCGGGAGCAACGUCCUCAAGUAUAACAUCAACAAUUGGGAAUUCGACUGGAACUGGAAUUUCAACACAAAUUUGCGUUACCUGAACUUGUCUGGUAACAAGCGUCUUGAGAUUAGGCCGGAUCACAAAGCUGCGCCGUUCAAAGACGGGUCCGAUCGCAAGCUGGCCGACUUUUCAGAGCUGAAGGAGCUCAAAAUUCUUGGCCUGAUGGACGUAACUACCACAUUCGCCCCAAAUAUCCCUGACGAUAACGAAGAUCGACGAGUGCGAACUUCGUUAUCCGAAGUCUCUAACAUGGCGUACGGUAUCGCGGAUACACUUGGUCAGAACCUCAGUAUGUUCGAUCUAGUACAGCCCGAGUUCCGAGGCAGGGAGAACGAGGCGAUCUUCGCCAUGUUUGGGCGCGCGUCGCACAUCGGCAGCAACAACCGGCUGUCGAAAUGGCUGCACGACAACUACCCAGCUGCUCUGUUGCGCGAGAUUGAGAGACUGGAUGAGCGAGAGGAGACAGUUGCUGAUGCCAUGCGGCGGUCCUUCCUGAAACUUAACAAGGGGCUACAUGAUUGGUUAUUCGCACGCGACACCCGCCGGCCGUCAACGGUGAGCGCGGACAACGCCACAAGCACUCCCAGCGUCGAUUAUUCCAGCUUGCGGAGUGGUGCGUCGGGCAUCGUGCUAUACUUCGUGAACCGGACCCUUUAUGUCGCCAAUGCAGGCAAUGCUCUUGCCGUUAUCUCCCGACAGGGCACCGCCGAACUACUCUCCCACAAACACGACCCUUUCGAUAGACAGGAGACAGCCAGGAUACGCGCUGCGGAAGGCUGGGUCUCUCCGAAGGGCUUUGUCAACGACGAAAUCGACGUCUCACGCUCAUUUGGCUUCUAUUACCUGUUCCCGAUCGUCAACGCCCGUCCUGAUGUCAUCACUUGGGAGCUCUCGGAGCUGGACGAGUUUGUUAUCAUUGGCAAUCGCGGACUGUGGGAUUUCGUCUCGCACCAGACAGCAGUUGACAUCGCUCGCUCGUCGAGAGAUAAUCCCAUGAUCGCAGCACAAAAGCUGCGCGAUUUCGCAAUCAGCUACGGCGCGGAGGGCACGACGAUGAUUAUGGUCAUUUCGGUAUCAGAUCUCUUCGGUCUGGGUCCGUCGCGGUCACGGCAACACACCUUCGAUUCGUGUAUCUCACUUGACAUUGAGGUUCCUCGCCCCCUGCGGCGUCAGAACAAGGACGAGAUUACCGACAGAGAUGUGUCGCGCCUAGACGACGCAAUCCCGCCGAUUCCGCCUCCGCAGGGCCAUGUCGCACUCGUCUUUACGGACAUCCGGAAUUCGACACACCUGUGGGAAGCCAACGGCGGCAUGCAAACUGCAAUUUCGUACCACAACACCCUCCUCAGGCGGCAGCUGCGGUUUUGUGGCGGAUACGAGGUCAAGACCGAAGGGGACGCGUUCAUGUGUUCGUUCCCGACCGCGAUGGCUGCGCUCUGGUGGUGUCUGAACGUGCAAAUCCAGUUGACCCAGCUGCCAUGGCCACUGGAGAUCCUCGAGUGUGAAGACGGGAAGGAAAUCCGCGACAAGGAGGGAAAGCUGGUUGCUCGUGGACUGUCUGUCCGAAUGGGCAUUCACUGUGGCAACCCUAUCCCUGAUCCUGAUCCGACCACCCAUCGCAUGGACUAUCUGGGUCCGGUCGUCAACCGCGCUUCUCGUAUCAGUGGUAUCGCCCAGGGCGGGCAAAUCGCCGUCAGCGCCGACGUCAUCCGUGAGAUCAACGCAUCCGUCUUCGAGUCAGAAUCGCGAACGGAGCAUUCCCACUUACAGCCUCCCAAAGCUGUCGAGGCGAUUAUACGGCUCGGAUUGAAGAUUAUACCCGUCGGCGAAGUCAAGCUCAAAGGCCUUGAAGCACCCGAAAGCAUAUCCCUUGUAUACCCGCAUGAGCUCGCGGGCCGCCACGACCUCGAGAGUCUCCGCACAGACUCGCUGUCAGGCUCGCGCGUGCAAUUCAGCGUGCAGCAGAUGAAGGAGCUUGCCCUACUUUGCGUCCGCCUUGAGGCGCUCACGACGUCGCGCGUCUUCCGACCCUUGCCCGUCCGCAAGAGCAGCACGGUGAAGACAGCGGACGAGGUCCGUCAGGACCCGAACCCCGUGUUCGUGUACGGCAACCCCGAGGUGCUGUUACCCGCGAUCGACAAGGCGUCGGACGCAGAACUGAUGUUACUCCUCGACUCGCUGUCUUGCCGAAUUGAAAACGCGCUCGCGUCGCUGACGCUCAGGCAAAUCAUUGCCCUGAACAAGAGCGACGGCGGCGACGUCUCUGCACGACGUUCCGGGGCGGCUUUUGACGUACGGACAUUGCAGCAGCUUCUAUCUUUCUUACUUCCCUUAUCCCCAUGAGUAUCCGAACUCAAUGUUGUAGCCAUAUUUCAUCUAUCUCGAUCGACACUUCCGUUCAUUUCCGUCCUGUCACUGUCCACACUAUUGUCGCGUUUUGUUGUCGCAUUAUUUUUAUCAUGUAUCGUCAUAUUGCAUUGUGUCCUCGUUGUCGUUGUGUACAUUAAGUUAUUAUUUGCA